AUGAACAAAGAACAGAGCAAAGAUGUUGAGAUGGCAGACGCCCCUUCUUCAGCUGCAGAGCUAAAGGGUGAGAAUGUUGCCAAGGAGUCGACGACACUCACACUGGCGGAUCUCAGAAAGAAUGUUCAAUUGAUCGAGCGAUCAGUCGAUCUCAAGGAGAACAGAUUCAUCAUUAGAGUAUUGCGUCAGACAACAACCAUUCGCAAGAAGCUCAAUCAAAAGGCACUCACUCAGAUAGUUGCCCACGUCUUCACCAACAACAUGGAGAUUGAUAGCGUACCAAACACAGCACCAACAUCGAUCAUCCCAGAGGUAGAGGCAUAUAUCCACUUGUUGGUUGUGAUCUUCUUGAUUGACUCGAAGCGAUAUGAUGAUGCCAUCAAGUGCUCAACUGCAUUGGUCGAGAACAUCCAACAGAACAACCGUGUUACACUCUACCCUCUGUCAUCCAAGGUGUUCUUCUAUCACAGCCUUUGUUGUCAACUUGUAAAUAAUAUCGAACAAAUGAGACCUAUGCUUCUCAAUGCACUGCGAACUGCCACAUUGAGACAUAAUGAUGAGGGUCAGGCAAUGUUGUUGAACUUGCUGUUGCGCAACUACUUGGAGCACAACUUGGUGGAGCAGGCCAACAACUUGGUCACCAACACCACCUUCCCAGAACAGGCCAACAGCAACCAAUACGCUCGUUACCUCUACUAUCUCGGUCGUAUCAAGGCCAUCCAGCUCGAGUACUCAGAGUCCUACACCUUCCUGAAUCAAGCAAUCCGUAAAGCUCCACAAAACUCUGCCUCUGGCUUCAAGAGAACUGUAUAUAAACUUCUUUGUAUUGUUCAGCUACUGAUGGGAGAGAUACCAGAGAGGAACAUCUUUAGCCAGCAGAUCCUCCGCACAGCUUUGAAACCAUACUAUCACAUCACUCAGUCUGUCCGUGUUGGUGACCUUGGCUCCUUCCACCAAGUCCUCCAGAACUAUGCCGAAGUGUUCAAGGCUGACAACACCUUUACAUUGAUCCAAAGAUUGAGAACCAAUGUAAUCAAGGCAGGAUUGAAGAAGAUAUGUGCAGCUUACUCUAGAAUCUCAUUCCAGGAUGUCGUCAAGAAGUUGCAGUUUGAUGGCACACCAGAGGACAUGAUGUUCAUCGUUGCCAAGGCUAUCAAGGAUGGUGUGAUCAGUGCCACCGUCAACCAGGGCGAAGGCUAUCUGCAGAGCAGCGAGAACUUUGAUGCCUACUCGACACAGGAGCCACUGGCUGCAUUCUCGCAGCGCAUUGGCGUCUGUCUCAAGAUCCACAACGACUCGCUCAAGGCCAUGCGCUUCCAUCCAGACAUUAGCAAGGCCGAGACUGAGAAGUUGGCCGAAGUGGCCAAGACCAUCAAGGAGGAGAAGGAGAGACAGGUGGAGGAGGGUUCAGAGAAUGGCGAUGAAUCAGACUUUUAA